UACGAGAUGCGUGUUCUUACGUAGAGGUGGUAAUGGAGGACUGUGAUGUUCUGUUAGUUAGUUAGCAGGCUAUCUUCUCUGUGGUAUGCUAUUCGUCCUUUUGGAUAACUACAAUUUAUUUGCUCCAUAAAGGACAGAGUUCGGUCAUAUCUAGAGCAAGAGGAGCCGCACCAGAGAUAAAAGAUGGCGUCAGAGACACUCUCUCAAAAUCAUGGUUCCAAAGGGAUCAUGACGUUUUAUCCCACUGCUGAAGAAUUCAAGAAUUUCACCCGCUAUAUUGCAUAUAUAGAGUCCAAGGGAGCACACAGAGCAGGAUUAGCAAAGAUUGUUCCACCAAAGGAGUGGAAGCCUCGGGGUUCUUAUGAGGACAUAGAUGAUUUGGUGAUUCCUGCACCCAUUCAGCAGGUGGUGACUGGACAGUCGGGCCUUUUCACUCAGUACAACAUUCAGAAGAGAGCCAUGACUGUUAAAGAAUUUCGCAAGAUUGCCAACAGUGACAAGUUCUGCAGCCCACAUUAUGAUGAUUUUGAGGAGCUGGAAAGGAAAUACUGGAAGAAUUUAACAUUUAACCCUCCUCUGUAUGGAGCAGAUGUUAACGGAAGCCUGUAUGACCCUGAUAUUGAGGAAUGGAAUAUUUGCCACUUGGGAACCAUUUUGGACACUGUGGAGCGUGACAGUGGAAUAACUAUUGAGGGUGUUAACACCCCCUACUUGUACUUUGGGAUGUGGAAGACCACCUUUGCAUGGCACACUGAGGACAUGGACCUUUACAGCAUCAACUACUUGCACUUUGGAGAGCCCAAGUCAUGGUAAGUCCUUC